AUGGAUUCAAUAUCAUUAACAAUAACUCAUGAAAUCUUGAAUGAAGAAGCUGAACAGACAAUGAUUGAUAUUGAACUUCUAGCAAGAAAAGUUUACAAUGAAUCAAUAGUUAUAUCAUCUGAAAUACUUAUUCGAUGGUAUUAUUUGAAUCCUUCUAUGUGGUGGAUAGCUAAACAUCAUAAUCGUAUUGUUGGUUAUAUUUGUGCAAUACCACUUAAACAUAAUGCUUUCAUAAAAACUCUUCAGCCAGAAUUUGAUGAAUUAACAGAUAUAAAUGAUAAUGAUAUUAGAAGUUGGAAUGAUCAAUCUAAUGAAAAUUAUUCUUUACAUAUAUGUUCAAUUGUUGUUCAUCCAGAAUAUCAAAAACGUUCUGAUUUUUCGAUAUUUCAUUUAUUAGUUGAAAAUUUCUUCAAAACAAUAUUAUUCUAUGGAAAAAAUGGAUCUAUCAUUCAAGAAUGGUCAGCUAUUGCUGUAAGCAAAGUUGGAUGUCAUAUUUUACAACAUUAUUUUGAUCUUCAGUUUUUAAUUAAUGAUAAUCAUAAUAAUAGUAUAUUCUAUGGAAAAACAAACAAUCAACAUCAACAACAACUUUUACAGAGAAUACGAACGAAAUUAAAAUAA